GUAAACAAAUAAGUGUGUAGCACGCUGCACGCGAUAGACUAGAUAUAUAGUUAUAGAGCUUUGUACAGUGGAAUUUCGACUGUGCCAAAUGUCUACAAUAGUUUUCACGGUAGCUUUUGUUAUAGCUGCAAUUUGUAUAAAAGUUUUCAUCGUUGAUACGAACUUUUUAUACUGCGCACAAAAUAAAAAAAUGACAUCUACCUUCAACAAAAGUUAUGAUUUUAUCAUUGGUAAGCAUUUUCACAUUUCCAGUUAUUUGGCCAUAGUAACAAACAAUUUUUUAGACACAAUUUGUCUUUCCAAAAGUUUUUUUUUUUUUUUUUUUUUUUUUUAUAAAUUUUUUUUUUCAAAAAUUUUUUUUUUUUUUUUUUUUUUUUUUAACUUCAUGCGGACUUUGCCACGUUAAUUGGUAAUAUUGUUGUUUCUCAAAUUGUUAGCAGCCGCUAGGGCGCCGCCAAAUAUUUAACACAUUUUUCAUGAUUUUAAUUCUAUUUACUUAAUUUACGAUGGGAUUGGACUUGACACCUCGCUGACCAUGUGUAAACCUCAAUUAGUAGGAUUAGUUUGCAUAAGCCUCUAAAAUGGUAACUAAGUGACUCUUACUUAAUUAAUGUUUGUUUUGUUCAAAUCUGUUUUGUUUGUGUUAACCAAAUCUUUAAUUAUAAAACAAUUUUAUUUUCGCCAUUUUGUAGAGUACGGUCCUUUAAUGUACUUGGUAAAAACUGGACUCAGCAAGGGAGCAGAGAAUCUAAAAAGUUUGGGAACCACCGAGUCAGAUCAUUUUGACACAUGCCCGUAAAUAGCAUAAAUAUAUAGCCUAAGGUUAAGGCUUACAAGAAACGCACUUUAAAAAAACCUGGCGUAUAGACAAAAAUCAACAGGUCUGCAACCUCUAACCUUAAAACAAUGCAUAUUUAAUAUUUAUUAAAGUUAAAGUUUUGAAAAUUUGAAGGUAAAUAAUGUUUAACUUUGUCUUGGAAUGCAAGGUAGUAAAUAACUAUUUGGUUCAGUUAUGUGAUGUAGGCCUACCAUAUAUAUGCACAUAUUAUGUAUGUUAUAUAUCAUUUAAAUAUUUGUAUGCUUGCAUCUGAUCAGUUGGGGCUGGCUCUGCUGGAUGUCUGGUUGCUGGGCGUCUAUCAGAGGACCCUAAUGUAACAGUUUUGCUUCUGGAGGCAGGCGAGCAUGACUUCGACAAACCACAACUGCUGAUCCCAGGUUUAGCAGCUGUUACGCUGAACAGUGACCAGGACUGGCAGUACUACACAGAACCACAGAGCAAUGCACUCAAGGGACUUACAAAUGGCGUAGGUUUCUUUUAAAAAAUUAAGAACUAAACAAACCCUAAAUAGAAAAGUUUUUGGUACAAAUCCUUUAUAUCAUGCAUUUUUAAUUUUUUAAUUUUAUGUUAAUAUUCUAAUGUCCCACCAUUUUAAAACCACAGAUUUAUUUCUCUAAUUAUUUCAGAAAAGAAAGAUAAUCUUAUGCACAAAACGCAUUUGCAAAUAUUUUUUUUUAAAGAAUCUCAUUUAGCGCAGUUAAAAAAUUUAAAUCUCAUUUAGCGCAUUCGGAAUUUUAUUUCUCAACAACAUAUUACCAUUAACCAUAUAAAAUUCCAACCUAUCACUGACAUUCUUCCCCCUAAAAAACAGGAAAAACUGAUUUUUGGGGUUGGUGGUGGGGCUAAAAAUUUGAAAUAAUGUGUUGUCAUAUGCUACAAUUCAAUAUGCAAAGUUUCAGCCCAUAGGUUGAUGGGCAGUGGGUCAAUUAAACAUCUGAAGAUUUUGUCCUAACAACACAAAAGCGAAGUUAACAUAAUGGAUUUUAAAAAGCAAAAGUGUACAUCUAUUUAAAAAAAAUAUAAUUACAUUCUUUAAAAUCUGCUUUUAAGAAAAAAAAUGUCAAUUUAUGUUUUCGCCUUGCCACUUUUAAAUAACUAAAUAUUAUGCUGGUAUAUGAAAUAUGCAAUGGGUAUAGGAAAACCUGAAGAAGAACAAUAACAUAAAUAUUUUUUAUUGUCCUUCAGGUUUUCCAAAACCCUUUUAUAUUUUGUUAUUGUUGCAACCUAAAUGUAGUCUUCCCCAUAUUUCUGGUUUAUGAUGGGUAUCAUAUUGUAAAACAUUUUCGAUAAAUUAACAGCGUUCCUUUUGGCCCCGUGGCAAAGUCAUGGGUGGCUCAGGCAGCAUCAAUGGAAUGCAGUACGUCCGUGGGUCUAGACAUGACUAUGACAGGUGGGCCAAGUAUUUGGGAGAUGACCAGUGGGACUACAGGCAUGUCUUGCCUUAUUUUAAGAAAUCUGAGAACAUUCAGAUUGAACAUCUUAAAAACUCAGGUAUUUUUUAAGCAUAGACCUCUAUCUUUUUUGGGUAAAAGAAUAAAUUAUUAUUUGAUAUGGAAAAUAUUCUCUGUUUCUUAGUAUCUGUCAGUGGGGUAGAAACAAGUUGUCCAAGUAAUUUUUUUUUUUUUUUAAUAUUGAUGAAACUUGAAAUUUUAAUAAAAAUAUUUUAUUUUCAAACUUGAAAAAAACAAUAAAAUUCUUUCAUUUUGCUUUAAGUUUUUAAUCUAAUUAAUUUUAAAAUAAAAAUAAAAAAUUAUAAUUAAUACUAUUAAAAAAGUGUCACAAUUAGAAAGAUUCUAUUCCAUAAUUGAUACUUUUAAUUAUCAGAUUACCAUGGCCAGGAAGGGGAGAUUACCAUUAACCACAUAAAAUCCCAGCCUAUCACUGACAUUCUAAUUCAAGCUGCCCAGAGUGUUGGCUACCCAAGCAAUGUUGAUUACAAUGGGAAAUCAAUGGAAGGUAACAUCAUAAUUAGUAAUAUCAAGAAGAAGGGGGAGUGGCUGCUAUGCAUUUUAGCUAAGUGUUGUUUUUUUUAAAAUUUUGUAUUUACUGUUCUUAGUUGUCUGAAAAAGGCUUCUUGCAGACACAUUCAAUGUUUUGUUGUGUCUUUUUUUUUUUUUUUUUUAAGCGUUCCCUUAAUUUGUUUCACUCAUUUCCUGUUAGUAAUAUCAGUAUGAUAAAUAUUUGUUUAAAUUAGUAAUUUCAUAAUGUUAAUCUUUUAGUUUGAUUGUUCGUUGCCGUGUGCCUAACUGCUAAAUUCUGACAGAAAUAUGAAUGCAGGGACCAAAUUAAUUUUCUAAAUCAUUCUUUGCUGAUAAAAAGUAAAUAAAUAAUUUUGUGCUGGUUCAAGGGUAACGGUACUAUUAGCUAAAACAAAAAAAUUUAAUAAAAGCCUAGAGUGUAGAGGAAAAAGCAUUGAACACUUCAGUAGAAAUUCUAUUCGCAAGGAGUGUAAAAGUUGUAUAUUUUAAUAGAUGACAAUAUGGUCCAUUAAAAAAAAAAUCAAAACUGAAUUCAGAAAAUGAUACUUACAUAUGUAUUAAUUAAACAUUUUUAGUACUUUUUAAACCUGAUUUUAAGAAAUUGUUGCUUACUUUACAAAUGUCUAUCGACUUAAUUGGACUCCGUAAUCCCAAUAGAAGGUGGAUAUGAAUUUUCCGAUAUAAUUAUAACAAUAGGAAAUUAGAACCUAAAAGUUUUACAACCUUUAAAGAUGUCAAAUGUUUGCAUUGGCUAAAGUAAUCUUUCAAUAAAUUGAUUUUUUACAGACAGUUGUUAGGGAAAGACACACAGAAUGUUCAAGGUUGUUAAGUUUGAUAAAAAUUUUGGGCUAUUCUAAACUCUUAUUUAAUAAGUUGUCAGAGUUUAAAAUUAUAUGUCAUAGGAAUCUUCCAUUCACAAGUUAACUCUAAGAAUGAUCAACGGUGGUCAACAAGUUAUGCAUAUGUACAUCCUGCAUUGCAAAGGCCAAAUUUGCAUGUAGCAGUACAUUCUCAUGUGACUAAGGCAAGUUAUUCUCAUGUAACUUAGGUAAAUAAUUCCCAUUCAGAUGGGACUAAGCAAUUACAAUGAAAGAAACAUUUUAACACUUUAAAAAGACAGUGAAAAUAAUAUAAUUUUUUACAUUUAGAAGAAUUUUUUAAUGAGCUGAAAUUAUUUUUACUCUGUGCAAGACUUAGAUUAAAUAUUCUGUUUAAUACAGGUUGAGUAUGAUGGAUAAAAUAUGAGAAAACAUUUUUCGAACUCAUAUUAACAGAAACUUAAAGCAUGGAAAUUUUUAUGCCAAAUUCCUUUAAUAAACUAACACAGAGAAGAUUGUUAAAUGUGCUUAACGAUUUUAUAUUUCAGGUCAUCAUUGAGAAAAAUCAAGCUACAGGUGUACAGUUCAUCAGAAAUGGAAGAAAAUAUGUUAUCAAUGCCCAGAAGGAGGUUAUUUUAUCUGCUGGUGCCAUUGGGUCUCCUCAGAUUCUCAUGUUAUCUGGAAUAGGGCCCAAAAAACACCUGGAAGACUUAAAGGUAAAAGAAAUUUAGAUUUAGAAAAAAAAUAGUUUUAAUUUUAGCUCAGACUUUCAUAUUUCUAAGGAAAUGGACGGAUAAAUAAAUCUACUAGAUUAGUUGAGUAUUUAUUUAUUUAUUAUGUUCCUUGGUUAUUUUUUUCAUACUUCAUACAACCAAGAUACCUGUUAUGGCUGAUCUCCCAGUGGGCGAGAACCUUCAAGAUCACAUCUUAUUUGAUGUAGGGGUCAAGGUCAAUGAUUCUGUAACCUUUUCAUUGGACAGCAUGACUAGUGUGUGGUCAUACAUUCAGUACAAGUUAUUUGGUUCAGGUAUCAUUGGUGUAGUUUUUUUAAAUUCUUGUCUGGCUUACAGUGUUGUACUUGUGCACAUGUUUCAAUACAUUGUCACAGAAAAAGCAUAAAAUUUAACACUAAAGAAAAGUAAUUAGACUAUAUAUAGUCACACAUAUUUUUGCUUAAUUUAUUUGUGGAUUUUAACAGUUGAUUGUCAAAUAUUUCAAAAGUUAGUAAUUUUUUUAUUUAUAAGUUAUGAUAUCAGUACCAUAUUUAAUUUUUUUAGGUAACAACACGGGUCUAUUAGUAAUUUUAUGAAUUUUUUCUGAUUUAUUACCUAAAUUUGAAAGCAGAAUUUGUAUCAUCCUGAUCUACUUUGCUUUUUGCAAGUCAACUUGGAAGUUAUGUGUGAUGAACAAAGUAUUUUUAAUUGAUAAUGUAUGAGCCUAUUAAUUAUAGAAUGCAUCUUUAAAAUAUUUUGCUAAUUUGUAUGUCUACAAAAUAUUUUUAUUAUUGUGUAUUAUUUCAAGAGAAUUUAUAAUGUUUCAAUUUGUUAAAAUUCUGGAAAAUUGAAAAAUUUAAACAAUAAGUAUAGUUAAAUCAUGUCCUUCCUAUUUUAAAACAAUUUUACAUUGAAAUUUUUUAUAUUAAAAAAUAAUUUUAAUAUUGUGACUCUUGAACUAAAUUUGAGAUUUUCAUUGUGCAAGAAAUAAUUUUAACAUAGUAAUAUGGUAGUUGAUAUACCGUAUAUACAAAAAAUAAAUAGAAUAUUUUAUUAUUAUUUGCCUUCAAAGCUUAAUAUUAAACAAUCAUUUUUUUUUUAAAACAGGAUCUGAUACUUCUACCGAAUUAAUUUUUAAAAAAUCUAUGUCCAUCAAAAAUUGUAUAUUUUAACAUUUAUAAGUAUAAUUAAUUCUUUUUACUUAAUAUGCCACAUAAUUUAAUUUUUUUUUUUAUGUGACUAACAUUAAGAAAGUAAUUUCUAGUACCUAUAUACUCAUUCGUCUCCCACAGGUCCCUUUAACUCUCCCUAUUUACUGGAGCUGCUGGCUUUCAGAAGUACAACCAAAGAAUCCAGAGAGCAAGAUUGGCCUGACCUAGAGAUACAUUUUAUUAGUACCUUGCCCCACUCUCAUCAUAAGAAAAGUUUUCAUUAUACUGAAGAUGUGAGAUAAUUAUAAAUCAUAAGAAAAGUUUUCAUUAUACUGAAGAUGUGAGAUAAUUAUAAAUCAUGGAAAAACUUUUUGCUCCAAGUUUCUUAUAAUGAAAACACAAUACUUUUGCUGAGCUCUGAAAUCCGUCAUCAAAUGCAAAUAGAAAAUGUAAAGUGUUUUUAUUGAAAAUUCUUUUGCCAGUCACAUGUAUCUGAUGGGGAAUAUAAUUUAAAUUUUAAAUUUCAAAACACAUUAAGGAAGGUAUUAUUCAUAUUAAACAAUAUUCAUACUAUGGAUCAAUAAUUUGUGGGCUUUGGCAUGUGACAUUCUCAUAAGUUUGUUCUGAUCUCAAGGUAAAUGCCCACUUAUCAGGCAGGGACCAGUUCAAAUUCGGUUUCAUGUGUGCCCCAACACUGCUACGUCCAGAAAGCAUAGGGAAGAUAACUCUCCAGUCCAGUGAUCCAUUUGAUUAUCCUUUGAUACAUGCUAAUUAUAUGGACAAACAGAAUGAUGUGCAAGUUUUAAUUCGAGGUGAUGAAAAAGAAUCCAUUUCAUAUUUCAUUUAAGGGUACCAACAUUGACUCUUCAUAGUAACUAUUCCUUAGAUAUUGAUUUAAAAUAAAAAACCUUUCACAUUUCUUACAAAAUUUUGAUAGUUCUUAGGGAAAAGAGAAUAUUUUAAUAGUCAGUAGUUUAUUUUUUUUUAAAACACACUAUUUUAGUUUUGUUGCAUCCCCAAAUCUAAAAAGAAUUAGUUUGGGAUUUUUGGAUUAACUGUGAAGAGUUCCCAAGGGGCCCUUGCAUUUCAUUUGAGCAGCCCUGCCAGCAAUAAAAAGUAUUUAUUCUGUACUAAUGCCUUCUCUCAACCAAAUCUCCUAUUUUUUAUUUUUUUUUAUAGUUAUAAUUAAAAAUAGAAGUGAUUAUUUCACCCAUAAACAGGUUAUAAUUUUGUUAUAUACAAUUUGGCACAUGGAGAAAUUUGAUUUUAGGAUCAAUGAAAUAGUUUAAAUCUUGAAAAAAAUCCACAGGUAUCCAGGAGUGUGAAAAAAUCAUCAGUGCUGAUGUUAUGAAAAAUAUUGGAGCUGAUUUAUCUGAGAAGAGAGCUGCCUUCCCAUGUCAAGAUCACAGAUACAAGUCGCAUGAGUACUGGGAAUGCUUGGUCAAACACAGAUCACUAACAUCUUACCAUCCUGUUGGUACAUGCAAGAUGGGGCCAAGGGGAGAUCCUACAGCUGUAGUGGAUUCUAACCUAAGGUAUGUCUUUCACCUCCAACUAUGCACUUCUGUGUCUACAUAGCUACUGAUGGGUAUGACAGUUUUGAGACACUAGGUAUCAUUGAGUUCUUGUCUUUAGCUUCAAAUCAAAUUUUUGUUUUAAUGAGCAGAAAAGUUAAAAUAAUAAAAUUUAAUUAUUUUUGUCUCCAACAAAUUUCUCUACCCAAUGUUUUUUUAUGCACACUGCAUCUUCAAAACGACAGCAUAACAUUCAAGAUACAAUUUUGUUGUAUUAGUUCCCUCAACGGUUGUUGGUAAAAGAUUAAUCUGAAGCUUAAUAAUGAUUUAAUUUCACAUUUCUUUUCUUAUAAUUUUCUAGAGUGCAUGGCAUCUCAGGAUUACGUGUGGUGGAUGCAUCCAUCAUGCCCUGGAUUGUAUCUGGCAACACGAAUGCUCCAACAAUCAUGAUUGCUGAAAAAGCGGCAGAUUUAAUCAAGAACAGGCAGCAACUGAGCCCAUUGAAUUUAUAAAAUGUGUUGAACUAUAAAAAGAACUGCAAUGAUAAAUAUAAAUGGUUUACUUAACCAUUGAAUAGUUUUCCUCCCUUGCGAGCUGCAUAUUUUUUGUUUGUUAAGUGUUAAGGCAUAUCAAAGGGGCUAUACAAAGAAAUAAAUGCAACAAUAAUUUCAAUAAUUUUUUUCGUAUUAGUAAAUUUAUAUCUUUGAUAAACUCUUUUGAAAGUUCUCAUCAGUAAGCUAUGGGUGGCAUUGUAGAGUUCAUAAAUCACAAUUUCUUACAAUUAACAAAAUUUCAGUUUAUGAAUUGAAUGUCCUACAACUUGAUCUAUUCAUCACUAAUCCAGAUUACUCUGAAUUGCGUUAAAAAAAUUUAUAAUGCAUGCCAUGUUUUUUGGUUUAAAUUUUAUCACAAUUUUGUUGUAUUAUUUUCUUCAAUUAUAUACACAACCCAUGUAAAAAAAAGUUUCUGUACACAAAAUGUUGUUUUCUUUUUGAUAUAUUAUUUAAUCUUUUAUCAUUUUUGUUCAUGCUUUGUCAAGUAAUUGUUAACUCGGUGCUUCUUACCAUUUUAAUCAAAUAUUAACAGAAGGUCUUACAACUGUUUCAUCACUGGUAUCUACAGUUUUCACCUUUUAUGGCUCUGUGGCAGAAAGUUCACAUUGGUCAACUUAACGUAAAUUAAUACUUUGAGAGGCAAUGAUCAUUAUAUAUUGAUGUUUACAAUUCUUAGAUGUGUUAUGCUUCAACAUAUAUUACCUAUUAUAUAUUACCUAUUAUAUAUUACCUAUUGUUAAGACAAUUUAUUGUUAUGGAUCCAACUCAGAUUAAUAAAAUUCCAUCUGAUUUAUAAAAAUGCGUUUUGUGUGUGGUAGGCCCUAUUGACUAGCUCAGAGCAGAUUUGACAUUUUAAGCUGCAGAAAUUUUAUCGUUAAAAUUAAUUUCCCUGAAAA